UGUAAAAAUCCUGAAACAGGAAACCUUCAGUCAAACUUCAAUUGCCAGACGCAGAAAGGAUGUACCAAGCAACUCCAAAACAGAGUGCUCCAGAGCCCGGCCCUCAAGCAAUUCACCACGAGUGGCGCACCGCCGAGAACAGUGCCACCUAUGUACAAUCUAAACUCCGGUCUAUGAAAGAACUCAAACCUAACCUAACUUUAUUGGACGUAGGAGCCGGCUCAGGAACCAUCUCAAUCACAUUCGCGAAAGCUAUUCCAAAGGGUCUAGUUACGGCCAUAGACCUGAAUCCAGAUAUCCUUACAAGAGCAGCCACAGUCGCCGACUCAGAAGGAGUUACGAACAUCAAGUUUCAGCAAGCAGAUGCGUACAAGCUGCCCUUCGCCGACGAGACGUUUGAUAUCACGCACUGCCACCAAGUUCUUUGCCAUUUGAAGGCGCCGUGGGGUGUAUUGCGCGAGAUGCUGCGCGUGACGAAGCCUGGCGGAAUUUUGGCUGCUAGGGAAGGUGAUCUUGAGACUGAAUGCGUCUGGCCCGAGCUCCCUGGACUAUUGAGAUUCCAUAGACUGGCUGUGGAUAUCAUCAAGAUAGGUGGCGGAAGCACGAAUGCAGGCCGGCAAUUAUUGUCGUGGGCUCUCAAGGCUGGAGCGAAGAGGGAGCAAGCCACGGCUACUUUUGGGACUUGGUGUUACAGUGAGCGAGCUGAUAAAGAUGCUUGGGCGCAAGGGAUAAUCAAAAUGGUUGGAGCUGGAAGAGUACAUGACCUUGCGCUCAAAAUGGGGUUGGCUACUGAGGAUGAAUUGGUGGGAAUGGGCAAAGCUUGGCAGGAGUGGCAGGAGACAGACGAUGCAACUUUGGGAAUGUUACAUGGGGAGAUAUUGAUCCAGAAGUAGUCGCAACGACAGAACGUAUAGUGUUCAUGAACAGCCAUUGAUAAUUUGCUAUUCUAGAAAUAGCGACGAACAAACAGUAGUCACGCCGUCGCUUAAGCCCCUUUUCCCAAACACG